UACUGUUGGGGAUGGAUUUACAUCCUCCUCAAGGCCCAUUAGACAUUGAACUAGGCUCAUAUUGCUAGGAAGCCCUAGGCUUCAUCUUUUUAUAAAUAAAGAGCUACGUUCUUAUGAGAGGGAGAUCUCUUCUCCAAUUUUACACAUUAAACACUUCAUACAAAAAGCUUAUUGAUUCUUAGAUUUAUUUACACUUGUAAUCAUACAUGUAAUAUAAUCUUUAAUCAAUAAAUUCUUUUUGAUGUUCAUUUUCCAUUUGAUGUCUAUGUUGAUUUCUCUUUAGCCUCAAGAAUCUAAGAAAUUUAUUUCUUAAAUUUUUCAUUGUAUUGUAUGAAUCCGACAAACACACCAUUUUCGGUUCAAACAGUGUCUCAUUUUCAUAAUGAAACAUAACAACAGUUAACAAGUUCUCUUAUAUGCUCAAAAACAGUUAACCAUAGCUACCACACUAUCUGUUAAAUGUGAAUAAAGUCCUUUUAAGCUCUUGUCGCUCUUGAACGGUGGACUAACUUUCUCGGAUAAAAGAGUUGACCGACGGUGCCACGUACAUAAUGAAGUGCCUGAUACGUGGCAACAAGUUACACAUGUCACUCUCUAAACAGAGAAAGAGAGGACACCAGGUGCCAUCCAGAGGUGGUGCUGCUAAAUGUCUUGCUCCAAGAAGGUUUCCAAGAUUACCUCAGAAGACAUUUGGUUGCAGAGAAACGGAAGAGAGAAAAAAUAUAAAUUAAUGGAUUCGCAAGCGCAGUUGCAACGUACUCAUGGUCACCAUCAAGCAGAGGAACAGAAUAGGAUUCACCAUCCAGAGGAAGAGGAGCAUCAUGAGAAAGGACCAGCAAAAGUUGUGAAGAAAGCCAAGGAAAAAGCAAAGAAGAUAAAGAAAGCUCUUACCAAACAUGGUCAUGGUCAUGAACAAGAACUCCACGGUGCACGAGGAAAAGGUCACCACAUUUCGGACCCGGUGGAAGAAGAGUUCUUUCCGGACCCUAUGAAAGAGGAGAUAGUGCCUCCAGGCAAGAAGUUUGUUCCGGUCGUGUCCUCUUCCCACAGUACUAAACCGUCUGGCCGCGUAAAAGGAGCUGAAGCUUCGAUCUCCCGUGAUGGAUACGGGAAUAAGGUUAUAUCUAUGGUGACUCCAGUUUACGAGAAGGUCAAAGGGACAGGAGCUAUCGUGAUGAAGAAGCUUCCUUUCUCCGGGCACGGAACCGGUACAAAGAUGGAGAACCAGCAAGGACAAGACAAGGGCAUCUCAGCCAAAGAAUAUUUAACAGAGAAACUGAGUCCUGGAGAGGGAGAUAAGGCUUUGUCGGAGGUGGUCACCCAGAAACUUCAUCUCGGAGGUGACAAGAGUGGCUCUGUGCCUGUGCAGCAGAGAUUCCAAGAAUCUGGAAAUUGAGAUUUGUUUUGUCUUUUUAAAAUGUAUGGUGUGUUUGUGUAGUUUAUAGUUUGAUCCAUGGCUUUUCUUUGUUCUCAUGUAAAUAUAUGGUAUAAGUUGGGCUAAGAAUGCAAAACUACUAAACUACGUUUGGAU